AUGGCCUCACUAGUCCCCUCCCUCGGGGCGCCCUCCGUCUACAAGGACCGCUCCUACAGGGGCUCCAACGAAGACUUCCAACAAGACAUAUCCCAAACCGCAACCCUCUACAUCGGCAACCUGUCCUUCUUCACCACCGAAGAGCAAAUAUAUGAGCUAUUCUCAAAGACAGGGGAGAUUAAGCGGAUUAUUAUGGGGCUGGAUAGGUUUAAGAAGACGCCUUGUGGAUUCUGUUUUGUUGAAUACUACCGACGAGACGACGCCCUAGACUGCAUGAAAUACGUCAACGGCACAAAGCUUGACGAGCGGAUCAUCCGAACAGAUCUGGACCCUGGGUACAAAGAUGGCAGGAACUUAGGGCGGGGGAAGAGUGGUGGCCAAGUCCGAGAUGAGUACCGGGAAGAUUACGAUGAAGGCCGCGGUGGAUAUGGAGCGCGGAUGCGGGAAGAGGAGAUGCGCGAGAAGCAGCAGAGGGAGACGUACGAGAACUUUUCUUUGGUGCCGGAGGGAGCGUCGUCAUCGUACUACUCGCGGGAUACAUUUGACCGGAAAAAGCGAUCCCGCGACAACGAAGACGGUGAGCCAGCCCCACGAAAGAUCAAAGAAGCGCGACAUAAUCCACGGUUCCGAGAACGCAGUCGAUCCCCGGAAGACGAGUGA